CAUUCUUCUGCGUUAUCAUUAUCAGAAGAAAACACAGCACGAAGCAUCUCCAUCCCACCUGUGCUGCGCUCCGUACUCCAUUCCUCUUUCCUCCGCACUGCAGCCCGCGACGGCCCAACAAAGCUUAGUCUCGAGCCCACCAUCCUGGGAGUACCAUGUGAAGUGUGAACCCCUAAUUCCCAAAACGCCCCUACUCUCUCUCGGGGCCCUAACACUUCCCUUCCCUUUUUCCGUCGUCCCCGUUGCCCGCCUUUUCCCCGCUUCCGUCGACGGGAGGGGGCGGUGGCGGCGCUCGCUAGCGCCGCCGGCGCAUGCAGAGAGCUUCUCUCUGAAAAUUCGGCUUUUUGAAGCCUUCUCCUUUAAGCCAUUGGCGGUCGCGGGAUUGCGUGCACCUCCUCCGAUCACUUUUACCGAGUUCUCUUCUGCUGAAGCGAUCAUCGAAGAAGACCGAAUAGAAUUCUCGAACCCCUUUUUUUUCUUCCUUUCUAAUAGCCGGAGAGGAUCUGUAUUUAGGGUUUUUCUUUUAAGUUCCUCUUUCCUUGUUUGUUGGGGUGUGUGUGUGUGUGUUUUUUUUUUAAAAAAUUAAUUCCCCCUUUCCUGGUUGGUUUGUGUGUGGUCGUUGACGCGGCCGGUGAUGUCGGACGACAUAGUGAUGCAUCUGUCGUCGAAUUCGAACCCUUCGAACCCAUCGCUGCCGUCCAAGCUGGCGAAGCUGGAGGCUCGAAUGGCCGGGAAGAGCUCCUCUCUUCCCUCCAUCCAAUCCGGGUGGCAGCAGCAGCAGCAGCAGCAGCAGCAGCAGCCUCCUGCACCUCCUUCUCUCCCUCCUCCUCCUCCUCCUCCACCUCCUCCGUUGAGGUUUCUGGAGAAAGAAGAGCUUCCCGAGUCCUCUUCUUCCGAUGAUGAUAAUUGUAAUGAGUACUUGAUACAACACAACUCUCAGAAGCGACUUAGAGUGCAAGAAGAAGACCACACCACAGCUCUUCAGCAUUCUGAGGAAGCGGGUGGAAGGAUGAAGGUCGCAGAAGUCACGGACACAAGACCAAGCUUGGGCAACACGAACAAGAAAAAGCAAGGGCGUGGUAGAGGGCGUCCUGCAACGGGCAGGGGACGUGCUUCAAAGAUUACUGAUCAAACACUAUCCUCACCAGCUUCCACAACAAUCACAUCGAAUGGACACUUGGACAAGCCGACCAACAAGGAAUUUCGGUCGAGUGUCCAGCUUGGCAAUGAUGAGAGGACUGCUUUGCAGGAGGAGAUAUCCUUGUUACGUAGAAGAAUUGGGUUGCUGGAGGAGGAGCUGAAAAAAUCACGCCAAGAAGCUGCCAAUCAUCAUCGUCUCUGUUCCCAGUUAGAAAAGGAAUUGAAGGAUCUUAAAGAGCAUGAUCAACAGGUGAAGACAAAGAGAAUUAAAGUCCUAUCUGAGCUGCUGAUAGCUGUAUCAAAAGCAGAGAGGCAAGAAGCAAGAAUGAGGAUCAGACAAGAAUCUUUUCGGCUAGGCAAUGUUGGUGUUAUGAGAGCUGGAACUGUUAUAUCUGAGACAUGGGAGGAUGGGCAAGCAAUAAAGGAUCUUAAUACUCAUCUUAAAUCUUUGUUGGAGACGAAAGAGGCUAUUGAAAGGCAUCGGAAAUCACUUAAAAAACGACAACCAGAUAAGGGCGAAAGCAGCGAUGUUGAAACUGGCAUGUCUGAAGAAGAUUUCCUUAUACAGGAUGAAAUUUGUAAAUCACGCCUAGCAAGCAUCAAACGUGAGGAGGAAAGUUAUUUCAGGGAAAGGGAACGUUAUGAAUUGGAAAAGGGAAGGCUUAUACGUGAAAUGAAGCGCUUAAGAGAUGAGGAUGGAUCACGCUUUAACAAUUUCCAAAUUCUUAACCAUCGAUAUGCUCUUUUAAAUCUUCUUGGGAAGGGAGGGUUUAGUGAGGUUUACAAGGCAUUUGAUUUGGUGGAGUAUAGAUACGUAGCUUGUAAGCUUCAUGGUUUGAAUGCUCAAUGGAGUGAACAGAAGAAGCAAAGUUAUAUACGCCAUGCUAUUCGAGAAUACAACAUUCAUAAGACCUUGGUGCAUCCUAAUAUCGUUCGGCUAUGGGAUAUCUUUGAGAUUGACCAAAACACCUUUUGUACCAUUUUAGAGUACUGCGGCGGGAAAGACCUUGAUGCAGUCCUUAAAUCAACACCUAUUCUUCCUGAAAAGGAAGCUAGAAUUAUAAUCUUUCAGAUAUUUCAAGGCCUUGUCUAUCUCAAUAAGAGACCUCAAAAGAUCAUUCAUUAUGAUCUGAAGCCUGGGAAUGUUCUCUUUGAUGAGGUUGGUGUGUCAAAAGUGACAGAUUUUGGACUAAGCAAGAUAGUGGAAGAUGAUGUUGGAUCUCAGGGUAUGGAACUAACUUCUCAGGGGGCUGGAACAUACUGGUAUUUGCCCCCAGAAUGCUUUGAUCUUAGCAAGACACCGCUAAUUUCAUCAAAGGUGGAUGUUUGGUCAGCUGGUGUAAUAUUGUAUCAGAUGCUCUUUGGUAAGCGCCCGUUUGGUCAUGACCAGACGCAAGAAAGAAUACUUCGUGAAGACACAAUUAUUAAUGCACGCAAAGUGGAUUUUCCACCAAAGCCUGCAGUGUCAAGUGAGGCAAAGGAGCUGAUUCGUCGCUGUUUGACAUAUAAUCAAGCGGAAAGGCCCGAUGUACUAACCAUUGCUCAAGAUCCUUAUCUCUCGUAUUCAAAGAGGUAGGGAAAUGCUGAUCCCUUCGGCAUAUAUAUAAUAGUAUAUAUAUUGAGAAAGAGAGAAUAGGCAAAAGCCAUUUCUGUAGAUGUUGUAAAUUGUGUUCUUCAUAAUUAGAAAAUAUUCUGAUCAACAAUUUAUUUCGUCUCUUUUGUUAGUAAUAUAAAUGAGACAAUGUUUCAAGAGGGAAACAAUUUGUGUAAAGAUGCUGCCGAAAGGAGGCUAAAGCAGUAUGGUUGGUUUUAAGCUAGACUGCUGUGUUUUUU